UGUAAAUGGAUAUAAUGAUUACAUAACAUGUUACUCACCAUGUUUCAUCUGUGAAAAAGUUAAGAGUGUUAAAGUUUUUGGUUGUCAAUAACAACAGAAGCAAACAUACAUCAGCUCAGGAACAAAACAAAAACAUCCAAUCAAAUAAAUUUUAAAGAUGAUGAAAGAUUACGAAAAUGCUCAAAAACCAAAAACAGUACACCGUUUUGAUUGGGGUGCAUGGAGGCCAAAGUGGAAAGAGGGGGUGGACCUUCCAACAUACGUUGUAAUACUCAAUCUUUACUCGGAAACAGAAACUUGCGAGAUGGAUGAGCAUUGUAGGAAGGUCGUUAAAGAGUUGCAAUUGCAUCACAAAUUGAAACUGAAGUUACCCGACAUUGCUUUCAACUUCCUAAUUGGAGGGAAUGGAGUGAUAUAUAAAGGAAGAGGAUGGACGACAAACUCAGAAAGAACUAAAGGAAAAUAUAAAAUUUACGAUGGAAAAUGUCAUGAGGUGUGUCUCUUAGGAGAUUGGAGAGAAAAGGAACCACCUCUCAUAAUGCUUGACGCUUUUAGAAAAUUGAUCGCUUAUGGAAUAAGAAAAAAGUUUGUGGAUCCAACAUAUGAAAUAAUCGAGAGGAAAGAGGGAAUUUUACCACCUAAAACCCCAGACAUUGAUGUUGCUAAACAUGUGCCUGAAACCACUGUGGUAGAGCAGUUGGCACAAUAAAACAAUAUGUAGGUUUAGGUUUUUUACUAUUUUAGUUACAUAAAAACGUUC